AUGAGGGGCACCGUGCUGGCUCUGGGCUGCCUGGCUCUCCUGCUCCUGGCACGGGGAGGGGAAGGGGAAGGGAACACGGUGAGGCUCUGCGGGAGAGACUUCAUCAGGGCCGUGGUGUUCACCUGCGGCGGCUCGCGCUGGAGAAGGCACCUCACUGAGCACCACCACCACCACCACCACCUGCAGGAGAGUGAAAACCCCCAGCACUCCCCCCAGCAGGACGAGGGUGAGGCUGACUUCUCCUCGCACCCAGAGCCCAGGCUGGGCAUCCACAGCGAAGAACCCCGGGACGUCAAACCCGAGCGAGACUCGCGGAACGCCAGCGAAGUUUCCGCGCCGAGCAAGCGUGAGGCAGCCGACCUGCUCGCCACAUCCUGCUGCAACGUGGGCUGCAGCAGGAGAGAGAUCAGCUCACUCUGCUGAAACGCAACGCAACAGGGGAUUAAAAGAAUCAUGACACAAACCACGAUUCUUGCAGCUG